AUGGGAAGAGCGUUCGUGUAUGUGAUCCUGGGAGGAGGUGUUUCUGCUGGUUACGCAGCUCUCGAAUUCACGAGGAGAGGUGUCUCCGAUGGCGAGCUCUGCAUCAUUUCCGAUGAACCCGUUGCACCAUAUGAGAGACCUGCAUUAAGCAAGGGUUUUCUGCUGCCAGAAGAUCCUACACGGCUUCCUUCUUUCCACACUUGUGUUGGGGCUAAUGAUGAGAAGCUCACCCCAAAUUGGUACAAGGAACAUGGAAUUGAACUAAUCCUUGGAACUCGUGUUAAGUCCGUUGAUCUGAAGAGGAUGACUCUUGUAUCAAGCACCGGGGAGACUAUAAGUUACAACUUCUUGAUCAUUGCAACAGGUGCCAGGGCGAUGAAGCUCGAAGAAUUUGGUGUGGAAGGCUCAGAUGCUGAAAACGUUUGUUACUUGCGUGAUCUGAGCGAUGCUAAUAAGCUUGCCACUGUGAUCCAAUCAAGCUCCAAUGGGAAUGCUGUUGUUAUCGGUGGUGGCUAUAUUGGCAUGGAGUGUGCUGCAUCUUUAGUGAUUAAUAAGAUUAAUGUGAGUAUGGUUCUUCCAGGAGCUCACUGCAUGGCGCGUCUCUUUACGCCUAAAAUUGCAGCUAUGUAUGAAGACUACUACAGUGCUAAAGGGGUGAAGUUUAUCAAAGGAACUGUUAUGACAUCAUUUGAGUUUGAUGAGAAUCAAAAGGUCACCGCAGUUAAUCUCAAAGAUGGGAGCCAGUUACCAGCAGAUAUGGUGGUGGUUGGAAUCGGGAUACGACCAAACAUAAGCCUGUUUGAAGGACAACUAGCAAUGGAGAAAGGAGGUAUAAAAGUGAACAGCAAAAUGCAGUCUAGUGACAGCACUGUAUAUGCAAUAGGGGACGUAGCUACAUUCCCAGUGAAACUAUAUGGCGAAAUGAGGAGGCUAGAGCAUGUGGACUCAGCUAGGAAAUCUGCACGGCACGCAGUUUCAGCGAUCAUGGAGCCAGAAAACACUGGAGAGUUUGACUACUUGCCGUGUUUCUACUCAAGGUUCUUUGCCUUCUCGUGGCAGUUCUAUGGAGACCAUGUUGGUGAGGUUGUGCACUUUGGGGAGUAUGAAGAGGGUAAAGUGUUUGGAGCGUAUUGGGUUAAAGAGGGUCACCUUGUUGGGACGUUUCUAGAAGGAGGGACUAAAGAAGAGUAUGAAACUAUCUCAAAGGUGACGCAGUUGAAACCAGUUGUUAUGGAUAUGGAAGAGUUGGAGAGAGAGGGACUCGGGUUUGCUGAGAGGGUGGUGAGUCAGCCAGUGGUUGAAGAAGUUAAGGAAGUAGUAGUUCAGAGCUCUGAGGUGGUGAAGCAGGUGGCAAGAGUGGUGACUAUGGAGAAGCCUGUGCAUGUUUGGCAUGCGGCGACUGGAGUGGUUGUUGCUGUUUCUGUGGCUGCGUUUGCGUUUUGGUAUGGUAGGAGACGCCGUAGAUGGUGA